AUGCCGAAGCUGCCCUCGCAUUCACGCUCCCUUCGCUUGGCGCUGCAGCCAUCGAGAGCGGCGGGCCGCUCGGUCACUUCCUCGCCGCGGAGAACCCUCGCACACCCGCGCCAUGGUAUCUUGAAUGACCCUUGGCUACCUGCGCCCUCGACGGUGCAACUUCCUACGGCAUAUUUCUCACCGACUGGAGUACGCAAAGAUUUGAAUGGGCUAUGUGGCGGUCCUGGGCAGAGCGACCAUAAGCCGCCAGAUGAGCGGGUCUUGAAGCUUGGAAAGACUCUUCGGACACUGUCUCCUCUUCUCCCCACGAUACUUUACAAUACCCUCCCACCCGAAAUCCUUGCUCCGAGCGUUAACCUCCACCUCUUCCCAUCAACCCACCCACAUCUCCCCACCGUCAAGGGACGUACACUAUACCGCGCCGCAUUAUGGACUGUCCCCGUAGCAUGGAGCAGCGUCCCACUUGUGGGAAACGUGAAACUACAAAUUCUAAGCGAGCGCAUUGUGCGCGCGGGAACAAUCCUCGACCCGAAGCACGAAGACCAACAUGACUGUGGCGACGAGCGGCUAGUCGUACGAUGGAGAACGGAACCGCGGACAGAUAGCCGGCCAUUCCACGAUUCACAGAAAUCAUCCGGAUUGCAUGGCGACAGCCAGAGCUCGUCGCAUUCGUCUAAGGAAGGCGCAGGACUGACGCCGGCACAAAGUCACCUCUCGUCCUCGAAGAAUGGGACGAAUAGAGGACUCAGUGUGCUUCUUGGUGGCGAAGAGCCCAUUUUUAAGCUCUCCAAGGAAGGGCAGUUCACGGGCCUGUUCAUCUUCUCGUUUGAUGAGAAGGGCCGCAUUCUGACGCAUACUAUUGAGCAUGCUGACGAGGCGGAGGGCUGGGAUCGGACUUCCAAGUUUGUCACGUUGACUGACUGGCUUAUCGGCAAGGCGCGUGAAUCUCUUGACCCAACGCCAAAUCCAGGGUUGGCUGUGUCGUGUGAAGACUAUGGAUCAGCACCUGGUCAUACCGAGUAUCAUCCUCGGCGCUCAUAA